AAUCACCAUUCACGACAUCACCAACCAUGCCACCUUACAAAGAUGAUCAGCUGUGGACCAUUGUGCCUGGCAGCUACACGACCCAGGUCCAGGUCAAGCUUCCAGAAAGUCUAGCACCAGCAGAACACAAUAUUCCAACGCGCAUGUUCCUUGCGCCAGACGGAAAGACAUAUGAGCCGUACAGGGUGAAGGAAAACGAUGCGGGCGAGCUCAUUGAGUAUCCAGAUGAUGGCGAAGGUGCCAUUCGGCCCCUCAAAGGUAUGAUCUACCUUCGUGCAAACUUUCAAUUCCCAAAUCGUAAUGGUUGAAAGCUGACAAUGAAUGGCGCAGGUGGGAAGAUUGUCAAUAUGAAUGCCUUUCUCGCGUUCCUCGAACAUAUACAUAGCAAAUUCCAACCUUCCCUUACAUCCGCACUCAUUAUUGUCGCUCAACCUGAAUGGAAAGCCCCAGAACUAGAAGAACUUACCCGCUUCGCAUUCGUAACAUUGAAAGUCCCCGCCUUUAUGCUCAUCGAUAGCGCUUUGGCAGCAGCGUGGGGUUAUGGACUUACACAUGGGGUGGUUAUUGAUGUUGGAUAUGAAAAGAUCAAUAUAUCUACCAUUACAGACAGCAUGGUCAACACCCGUGAGGCGCUACCAUUAUGGGGAGGCGAGCGUAUGACGGAAAUCCUACACUCGUUGUUAAAGGGUAAACACCAGCCGGAAUUUACGAUGGAAAUGGCAGAGGAACUCAAGAAGAGCCCUCUAUGCGAAGUCCUAACACCUGUUACGCCACUUCCGAGCGCCAAAGAUCCAGGACAGACAGUGUCAGGGCCAAGCGUAGAACCAGUGGAAGUCGAACCAGUGGAGGAUGACCUUGCAUUGGCCGAGAAGGAGGAGGGUGUGCUUGAUGUUGCCAGUAUUGUGGCGAGUGGGAAAACAGCAGAGUUUUUGGCUAAGAAGAAGGAGAAGGAAAAUGCGGCGGCAGCACGUAAAGCUACGAAAGCAGCCGAGGCUUUAGCUGCUAAACCCGUAAAGCCGCUUCCAAACUCGAAACAAUUUUGGGCGACUUGGUCUUUCAACGCCCCUAAAUCCGAGGAAGAAAUGAACAAGGAAAAGGCAGUAGAAGCUGCUGCUGCUACCCAAGAGCCGGCUCCAGUCACUGAUGGUGAACAAUCGGCCGUCGCUGAACCCGCCACUACACAACAAAAGAGUAACCUCAAGAAGGACAGCAAGAAGAAACAGUGGGAGGAAGCUAACCCAGGUCUCAGUCGCCACGACUUCAAAAUUGGCGUUGAGCGUUUUCAGAUAGUGGAUCCUUGGUUCCUCCAUCUUAUUGCUGAUUCAGUAUUUUGUGCCAUCCAGAAUGUUGAACCAGCGUCGCUGAGACAGCCCGUGUGGGAUAAUAUGAUUAUUUGCGGAGGAGGCGCAAAGAUUAAGGGUUUCAAAGAUGCCCUUCAUCGUACCCUCCUCAACAAGUAUCUAAUCUCUCCAAGCUCAGCCACAAUGUUCAUGAGCGAGCUCCCAUCAAACAUCGCCACGCCAAGUGGUACUGGGUCGAUGACACCAAGCAGUUCCUUUGCCCCAACCCAUCCCACUGUCAAUCCAUCCAACUCACUGCUAAUUGCUGCGACCACCGCAUCGAACUCCGCACUCAACCCAGGUCUUAGCCAAAAUGGAAGUAACCCGGCCAACACUCAUUCUUCACACUCUCAAACGCCGACUGCGAUCAAAUUUGCUACUCCACCAACGUACUUCCCAGAAUGGAAAGAGUAUUACGACGUAGACUUUUUGGGGUCCUGCAUAGCAGCAAAGACUAUCUUCGGAGCUCCCGUGGAUCAAGUCAAAGGUUACUAUGUUACCAGAUCUGAUUUCAAUCGGGAUGGUCCCAAGUCUAUUCAUGAUAUGUAAGUCUAUUUUGCGCCCCCUAUCCCGACGAAGGCGACUAAUUUCUCUGCAGUGGUCUUGUAUAAUUACAAUAUAAAAGUUCUUGCGAUGGCGUUUCCGGAGUUUUCAAGCUGGGGAGAGAGGGUAGAUGAAUUCUGUACCAUAACCAGGAAUACCCAAAGGGGGCUGCGAGCGAGCAUUGAACCGUCGAAAAUGGAUUGGAUGGUUAAUUUGUGCUGUGAGAAUGAUUUAAAGUACUACAUGAGGAAAGAAAGUUACAACUCACCCCCUUCC